AUGCCCAGGUAUGAUAAGAUGGCUCUCUUCAAGGCUGAGAACCAGCAACUUCGAGAGGCAAAUGCACUAUUAAGUAAGCGGCGUAGAGCUAAAAAAACACGCUUACGUCAAGGCGGCAGUAUAACUAUUUCCGAGGGACAGGCUCUUCAGGACCAGAAUGAUGUAGAAGAGCAGAUUCAGCAAGAAGAUCGCAAGAUAAGAGGUCGAAAGUCAAGGGUUGAGACUAAGGCUCGACGAUGUGGUGUGUGCAGUAACACUGGCCAUAAUGCGCGAACUUGUCAGAUUGAUGAAGAAACAUCUAAUGAAGAAGAUAGCAGUGAAGAUUAA